AUGCUGCAGCAGAUCCUGCAUGACAUGUACAUCGACCCUGAGCUCCUCGCUGAGCUCAGUGAUGUGCAGAAGCACAUCCUCUUCUACAAAAUGCGAGAGGAGCAGCUGAGACGCUGGAAGGAGCGUGAGGCUUGGGAGGCCCUGGCCCAGGUCGAGGGCCUCAGAUCCCCCAAGGUCAAGCGAGGUAUGUGGAUGGGAGCAGCGAGUGACAAGCAUGUCCAGUGGCUCCUGGGGGCAGAUGGCGAGGUCUGGGUCUGGGUCAUGGGAGAAGGCCCCGGAGACAAGCCCUAUGAAGAGAUCUCUGAGGAGCUGAUUGCAGAGAGGGCGCGGCUGCAGGCGCAGCGGGAGGCCGAGGAGCUCUGGAGACGGAAGGAGGCAGAGAUCACCAAGAAGUUCCGGGAUGCUCUGGCCAAUGAAAAAGCCCGGGUCCUGGCGGAGAAGUGGAAAGUGGAGAUGGAGGACCGCAAGGCUGCCAAAGUUCUGGAGGAGCGCAUCCAUGAGGAAUUCAAGAGGAAAGAGGAAGAGGAGAGGAAGCGAGGAGAAGAGCAGAUUCGCCUCCAGGAAGAGCAGAGGGUGAAGGAACUCUACUGGACCCUGAAGCAGGCCCAGCUGCAGAGCCACCCUAGCGAGAAGGAGGAGCGUGAGUGGGAGGAACAGUUGCGUCGGUCCAAGGCAGCUGAUGAGGAGAGGAGCCGCCGAGCUCAGCGCGCCCGGGACGAGUACCGGCGCCACUCACUCCGCGCCAUCCAGAAGGGCACGGUCGCCGGCCUCAGCUCCAGGUUCCGAGAGCUGGGCCAGAGUCACGAGCAGGAGGCGAGACUGUACCAUCACCUCCCGGGCCCGGGACCACCUUCACCCCUGGCCGUGCCCGGCAGCAGGACUUGGGAGCGGCCCCUGCGUCCAGUCUCCAGAGAAGUCAUAGUCCGCUGGUUUAAGGAGGAGCAGCUGCCUCGCAGAGCUGGCUUCGAGAGGAACACCAAAGCCAUUGCCCCCUGGUUCCACGGAAUUAUCAGUAGAGAAGAUGCAGAAGAUCUCCUUGAGAAUAUGACUGAGGGUGCAUUUCUGGUCCGGGUCAGUGAGAAAAUCUGGGGUUACACCCUCUCCUACCGCCUGCAGAAGGGGUUCAAGCAUUUUCUUGUGGAUGCCUCUGGGGAUUUUUACAGCUUCCUGGGAGUGGAUCCCAAUCGCCAUGCAACGCUCACGGAUCUCAUUGAUUUCCACAAGGAGGAAAUUAUCACUGUUUCAGGGGGAGAGUUGCUGCAGGAACCCUGUGGACAGAGGGACAGCCCACCAGACUACCAUCUGUUGUUUGAGUAAUUUUUUUUGCCCCUUCUCAAUUGGACUUCGUUGGGCAUCCUAUUUUUGAACCCAAGAACUUCCCAGCUCAAAUC